AACUAAACGGACACUGGAGCACCAACACCGGGAAUGUCCUGCCGCAGCUCCUCCCGUGGAAACUAAACUUACUCCGAAGUCACACAAACGUUUCUCCUCCUGCUUUUGCUGUUCUUCUGUGUUUACGUAAAGUUGAGUGGAAUAUAACCUGAAACUUCGCCUUUGCUCGGACCUUAAAAAAGGCAUAUGUUUCCAGGAAAUACGCGCUGAUGCUUGAUUGCCAAAUCAAAGUAGCAUGCCAGAUGUGAAAGCUGCCUUCAAGAAACCCAAAUAAAAGAAAGAUGGAUUUGGGUUUAUCUGACGCUGGAAAGACACAUGAGCUGAAGGACCAGAAUGGCUGCACACAUUCAACACCAGGAAUUACACUUUCUUUGACAAAACCUCAUACAACUGCCAAUUAAUUUUGGAAGGAACUCCUCUGAACUCCUACAGAAGCUAGCUCCAUUUCCCUCUGUGGAUUAUAAGUAACAGACUGCCAUCAUGCCGAUCCUCAAGCAGCUGGUCAACAACUCCAACCAGUCCAAGCGGCGGUCCCGCGCGGACCUGACCGCCGAGAUGAUCAGCGCUCCAUUGGGCGACUUCCGCCACACCAUGCACGUGGGCCGGGGAGGAGAUGCCUUCGGAGACACUUCGUUCCUGAGCACCCGAUCAGGGGAACCUCCCAGGGAGCCGGAACCAAAGCAGAGCUCCCCGGGGCCCAAACCAGGUCUGCUGUCCCGCACCUUCAGAAGCAGCAAGCGCUCUCAGUCAGUAAACCGGGGCGACAAGUACGGGUACAACAUGACGGGGCAUUCCGGUGGUUCGUCAGCCUAUGUCAAAAACGCCAUAUCCAUGCCUUACCUAAACGAAGAGGAUGUGAGCAAAGGCCAGCGACUGCCCAAGAGCGUUUCCUCCAGCCCCAUGAAGAGGCUGUCGGAGAUCGAGGGCAAGCCAUCGAACGGAGCUGCUGCCAUGGCGACACUGGAUGCAGAGUUUGAAGAGCGCAAUUUCGGCGAACUUACCGAUUUGCCUCCAUCUAUGCCUAAGGGAGGCGGAAUGAAGCACGCUGAGUCAAUGAUGUCCUUCCAUAUCGACCUUGGGCCCUCCAUGCUCGGGGAUAUCUUGAGCGUGAUGGAAAAGAAAGGCUGUGAGGAAGACGACCUCGGAUACGAGGAGGGCGAGGGCCGGGCGUCGCCUACCCUCAUUCCCCACAUAGAUGACGACGACGCAGAGGAGAAGGCCCCUUCCAGACCCCCCCGCAGCAUGUACCAGCAGAAGCCCAUGGUGGACCCCUACACCCCGGAGCUGCAAACCAGGAACAACCACCACAACCUGGACAGCUGCUCCGUGUCCAGCGCCGGCUCCGUCACCGAGGAGAAACCGCAGUUCCACGACAACGACACGGACAGUGCCAAGUACAGUUCCCCACGCGGGGAGGAAGACCGAGACUUCACCUUCAUGGAUGAUGACGACGAUGAGAUCCGAGUGUAGUGUUUCCAAUCACUGCCAUGAACAGCCUUGUAGGACACUAACGUAAAAGACCAAGCUGGAAACGGGCAGGGGAGGGAUUAAGGAGCAGAGCCACAUGUGCUUUAAGCUUCUUGUAGAUCAAUCUAAUCUCUGCCCACUUUGUUCAACAUCAUAAAUAAAAACCAAUUACGCCUUAUUCCCCGUGCUGUUGCAAGGAGAUAUGAGCCAAGAGUGUGUCAGAGAGCACACACAGGCUCAAAAAGUGAAACUCUUGAAAAGUUUGGGUUAAUUUGCAACACCAGACAACUGAUUGAGAAUUCUCCAUUUUAUAAUAAGACUGGCUCUGAACCGUGUCCUUCUCAAAGAUGCAUUGCUCGUUUUAGGUAAAGGGCAGCAAUGUGGUUCAAGAGCCCUAACCCCAACUGUCAAUCAAGUGAAUAUCACAUUUGGGGGAUUAUUAUGUAACGUGAGGAUGUGUGCUACAGAUUCUGAAAAAAGAACGAGGGAAAGGAAAAGAAGUGGAACUUGGAUAGUUUUGUAAUGUGUGAGGGUGAUCAUGGAGCUCAUUUUGCCAAUGAAAAUAUCUUGGCAUAGACACUAAAUAGAUAAAGUAGGUCCUACUUUUGGUCCAGGUCUGACUUUUAAAGGGGGUGAUUUUUUUUACUUUAUAAUGUAAAUAGAGUAUCUAGAAGUUGGUCUCUCUUGUAUUUGAGUUUGGUAGUUUACCAUUUUGCCCCUGUCUCUUUAAAUCUCUCUCAUCUAAAUCCAUAGAGAGCUGUGGUAUUUAUUCAAAAAUGUUAUAAGGGAUGGAGCAUUCUAAAUGUGCACUGUGAGGUCUUGAAGGUUUUUUGAUACGUUGAAUUUCUUACAAAAAUGUCUUAAUUGAACUACAGUUAGGGGCUGUAGAAGCUGUGGCUUCUUUGAGUAGAAGUCGACUAUGUAGCACUUAGAUAUCGGACUCGAUUAGACAUUAAAUUGUCUAAGUCACAUCACUCCUGCUUUCACUGUCCUGGUAACCGGUAAACACUCACUAGUUUUGAAAAACAACCCGCUGUUUAAUUCACCAAAAAAAACGAAUUGUGAAAAAGGAGGCCUUAUGUUUGGUGUCAUGUACUUUCUUUCAUCAACAAUACAGAAGUUGUAAUUACGUGUUUAUUUUUGUAUCUUCACAACUCAUUCCACAUCAUCACUCAGAUUUCAGGUCAGCAGAGAGGCAUGAAACCGUUUGAAAGGCAGUCGUCGCAGUAACAAAUUGUUAAAUUAAAUGAAUAGUUAUGGCUCUACCCUAAACACACAUCGUCUCUCACACAUGUGUUCAGGCGUGUCUCUAAGGGAAGAGAGAGGAUGUGUUGUUAGAGCGCAGCUACUUAAUAAAGCAUAAGGAAUGUCCCGGGGCAGCGAGAGCGUCAGAUAUUUCCUAAACUGGCCCCACAAGUGAUACCAUUCACCUCCUGUACACAACCCAAAUCACACAGUAGGAACACAUGAUUAAAUCAACCCGUCAUCUGGCCUUUUCUCUGUCUACUCAUUAAACGUGCUGCAUUAUUGGCCCCUAACCAGCUGGAUCUGCUUCCCAAACAGCAGGGUCAGGGACGGACAGGUGGGCUGCUUCUCUUUCUUGUGUUUUUUUUUUUUUUCACAACGCAAGCUCACCCAGUAGGCUUCUACAGGUUACAUUCAGGUCUCAAUAAGCUGGUAAAUAUGCCCCUUUUUUAUUUGGUGUUAAGUAACUCAUUGCCAGGUUCUUUCAACUUCCUGUUGUGCACAGAGAAUCAGGAUGCUGAGCCAUUCUGCCUCGGGUUAUUGUGAUGUUUCGAAACAUGUCUACAUAAACAGGUUUAAAGAAGUUUGUCUUAAAAGCAAUCUAGAGGAAAUUGCCAAGUAUGUUCUAACAUUAUUAUUGGGUAACCUUAGCAGGAUGAUUGUGUUGUUUUUACUUAUGUGUAGGUAUGCGACAUGGAGUCAAAGCUCACAUUUUGAUGUCAAUGGGCCAACAUGUAAGAUGGCUUUUCUUCUUUUGGUCCAUAACGAAAUGGUUUGGGUUUGUCUGCGCUGCUGCAAUACUUCACGUUCAUCGCCAAGAAAUGAACACUUUAAAAAAACACUCCUUAUCUGCCGUUGUUUUAAUCAAGUUGUGUAAAUAUAGUUUGUGCCAUGGGUGAUUACAGUAAACACUGUGUGAUCAGCAGUGUGACAUUGUGGUUCUAGCGUGAGAACCGAGGGAAUGCUUGCGGAUCUAACACUAAAUGGCACAUUUGCGGCCAAAGUAAAAGAGGUUAAUAGAGGAUCAUGGGAAAGUAUACUUAAUAACUUUCUUUUUAUUUUCUUAAUUUUGCUGGCAUUUCUCUUGUUUCUCUUUAGGACACUCCUAAGUAGGCCAGAACAAACAAUUUCAAAGAAUUUCCAAGUACUUUCUGCCCCAGGUCUGCUUUAAAGUUUAAAGACAGCUUUGCUUUGGAGUGGCAGAAAAAGAUAAGGACGUGAAAAACAACCCGCUCAAAUUUCUGCUGUUGAAUGUUUUUCUUUUUCUAUUCAGUGGCUGUAGUGUUAUGCCGAGUUUGUACUGUUUUUUUUUUCCUACUCCUUAUUCUGGUUUUACAGUAUAUUAAUAUAUUUACCAUCCUCACUUUCCUUUCUUUGAAAUAACAGCUAUAUUUUUCAAUAAAAGAGAAGCUGGUAAUCUUUAA